UUUGCUCUAUGCUUACUCUCGUUUAAAAAAAACUGUUCGCCGAUAGUGCCGGACUAUAUUACUUCGCCGAUAAAUCAAUUCCGUUCGGAUCGUCAUUUCGAGAGCCAUGGUCUUCCCUUACGAGGGACGGGAUCCCCUGGAGCAAACCAGUCUUUAUCAGCGCGCCGAUGAAAGCGAGGAUAGCGAUGCCGAGGGUGGCAUGGGUAACGUGAACAAGAUGAUAAUACGACCACCUGGACACAGCGGCAAGGCCAAGAAGGGUCACAUCUGCUUCGACGCCACAUUCGAGACCGGUAAUCUUGGCAGGGUGGAUUUAAUCUCCGAAUUUGAGUACGAUCUUUUCAUCAGGCCCGACACCUGUGGGCCCAGACUACGCCUGUGGUUUAACUUCACCGUGGAUAAUGUAAAGGCGGAUCAACGGGUGAUCUUCAACAUCGUAAAUAUCUCUAAGAGCGAGAAUCUCUUUCGACAGGGAAUGACGCCGUUGGUGAAGAGCAGCAGUAGACCGAAAUGGCAGAGAAUACCGCGAGAACAGGUUUUUUAUUACAGAUCCGCGCAGCAUCAGAAUCACUACGUCCUGAGCUUUGCAUUCGCGUUCGAUCGCGAAGACGAUAUGUAUCAAUUCACUCUGACAUAUCCCUAUUCGUACACUCGUUACUUGGGACACCUCGAUAAUCUAUGCAGCAGAUUGUUGUACACAAAGAGAGAGACGCUAGCCGAGUCGAUUCAAAAGAGGAACAUAGAGCUUGUAACUAUAACCUCCGACCUCGAGGACACCGAGCGACCUAGAAAAGUGGUCGUCGUCCUCGCUAGAGUUCACCCGGGCGAGUCACCGUCCUCGUUCGUGUGUCAGGGGUUGAUGGACUUCUUGGUCAGCGCGCACCCUAUCGCUCAGGUUCUACGAGAGUAUGUGAUUUUUAAGAUAGUACCGAUGCUGAACCCCGACGGUGUUUUUCUCGGAAAUUACAGGUCCACCGUGAUGGGAUUAGAUCUGAAUCGAUCCUGGAACCGUAUCUCCGAAUGGAUUCACCCUAGCCUGCUCGCAACCAGAUCGAUGCUGAAAUCUCUUGAUAAGAACUCUCACACGCCGUUGGAUUGCGUGCUAGAUUUGCACGCGCACACCAAUGCCACGGGUGUCUUCGUCUACGGGAACACGUACGAGGACGUCUACAGGUACGAGAGGCACAUCGUUUUGCCGAAAUUGUUAGCUCAGCAUGCGGACGAUUACGAAUUAGGCAACACCAUGUACAAUCAGGACCACAACAAGGCCGGGACCGCGCGCCGCUAUUUAUGCUCUAUUUUGAAGGAGCAUGUCAAUUGCUACAGCAUAGAAGUUUCCAUGCACGGCUAUAAUAAGAAGGGAAUACCUGGUAUAAUGCCGUAUACAGAGGAAGGAUAUUAUAGGCUGGGCCGCAAUCUGGCUCGCGUCUUCCUGGAAUAUUACAAGCUUACUGGACUUAUCCCGUCGGGGCUUCCUGAUCAGCCGUCGAACAGACGAACGCGUCAAUCGCGGCAACGGUACCGUCUUCCAAAGCAGCCCAGACCGAGAACAGUCAGGACUCCGGCGACCUUACAUCUCGCUAGCAUCUACGAGUAUUUCCGGGAGGAAGUUGAGCCGCUCCCGAGCGCUCGUUACCGAUCGAUGAGCGGUACGCGGAUGGGACAGCACCCCGGAACCGGAAUCGCGAGUGAAACUGGAGCGGGUGUUGGCGGCGGCGGCGGCGGCAGCCGUAGUCAGAGCUACAGGUUCCGGAGUCCCGGGGCACCGCUCGACAGGGUGCAAGCCCUGACGACGCGACCCGACGCCGAGCCGCGGCUCACCAUUAUCGAUUUCAAUCAGCUGACGCGGGGUGGUUUGGAGCUCGCGACCAGCAAGAACAGACCAACAGUCCCACGCAAGAGUGUCAAGUUGCGCAGAUAGCGAUCAUCUAGCUUCGGAUUUCGUUACUUAAGACAAAAAUUCUCGGAGAACAGGAGAGCUGGAUGUCCUCAGUGAUUUGAAGAUCAAAUAUCGCGGAACAAAAUAUAAGACAUUGAUAAAUGCCAUUAAAUAGUAUUGACUCGUAUAUCUGGAUGUAGUUCAAGGAGAUAAGCCAUCGAUUCGCAUUACUUCUAACGACGGAAAUAAAAAGCUUCUUAAGGAGAAAAAGAACAUCAAGGAUCUUCUGUCUUCUUCUGUCGAUUAUUAAUAUCGAUAAUUGUUACUAAUAAUUGUUUUCUUUCACAUCAAAUAAUUUAAAUUUAAUGAUAUUCAUAAUAACGCACAUAUAUCCCUUCCAUUAUGCAACAUUUCUUCUUUCACGAAUUCACAUAAACACAAAUUUUCAACUUUCUCUUAUACCAUUCCCACUCUCUUGCUUGUUGAUAAUAAAUAUAUUUCCCAGUUGCUAGAUUUUUUAACGAAAUAAUAUUCCUAUCUUAUUGCAUAUGUGUCUGCAACUUCUAAGAAUAUAUGUGUUUACGUUGUUAUGUUUCUCAUAGUCGUUUAUAACAUCGUUGUCAAUGUUAUA